AUGAAUCAGCAACAGUACGACGAGCUUCAUGGAUAUCGGAGGCAAGACGGCGAGAAUUGGGUGAAGCGCAAGGUCAAAAAUUUUGGCCUUGUCUUCACCCGAAACGGGUGCAAAAAGGCAGUGAAAAGGAGACUGCCGAUUCUGGAUUGGUCCUCCCGCUACCACAAAAGCCAACUCUCCGCCGACAUCUUCGCGGGAGUCACCACGGGCAUAUAUAAUGUUCCGCAAGCUAUGAGUUAUUCUACGCUUGCGGGUCUCCCCCCUGUUCAUGGGCUGUAUGCCAGUUUUUUUUCUCCAAUCUUCUAUGCCAUCUUCGGAUCAUCGCCUACUUCCAGCAUUGGUGUCUUCUCGAUCACCUGUCUUAUGGUGAACAACUGUAUUGAAAAAAUGCAACACGGAGACAAUGCCAUCAGAUUCCCUGGAUUGACUUCCAUCGAAAUUAUCACCAGCCUCUGUCUCUUGACUGGACUCUUUCAGACAAUCAUGUCCGUCUUUCGUUUUAACAAGGCCAUGUUGUUGUUGCCAGAGUCUUCCGUUUCAGCAAUCACGUUCUCUGCAUGUUUCUUUGGGAUCGUCAAUCAAAUCCCAAAAAUAUUUGGAUUUUCCGUGCCACACAGAAACGAGUUUAUGUUCAGCUUGUUUCAUUCAAUGUAUGAUAUAGCCGUGCAUAUCCCAAAACUCAAUGAAUGGACAACUCUACUCUCUGCUGGAUCGCUUAUAUACCUCAUAGUUUCGCAAAUGUUAUUUGAGCCUCUAUUCAAGAAGAUAUGUAAGAAGUUCCCGUUUCCAAGAGAUCUUAUUUUGAUGACUCUCGCUAUUACCAUAUCGUAUUUCUUGAACCUCGAUGCGAAAUAUGGAGUUCAAACGUUACGAACUGUACCUCGUGGGUUUCCUCAUUUUGGCAUUCCGAGAAUUGAUCUAUGGAUAGUUAUUUGGUACGACGCUGCAUCAAUUGCUAUUGUUGCUUAUUCGGUGACUAUUGCUAUGGGACGAAUGUAUGCAAGUGAAUUGAAAUAUCGGCUGGAUACUAAUCAGGAACUUCUUGCACUGGGCAUAACUAACUUUGGCUCUUCUUUUUUCCCAGUGUUUCCAACUUCUUGCUCUUUAUCCAGAACUGUGGUGAACAAGGACAGUGGUGCUAGAAGUCAACUGUCCGGAAUAGUCAGCGCUCUCAUCAUUUUGGGAGUUAUUGAGUUCUUCGGUGUAUUUCUAGAGCCCCUCCCCAAGUGCGUGUUAGCCACCAUUGUGGUUUUUGUUGUUCGCUCACUUCUGAAGAAAUGCUCGGAAUUACCGUACUUCUGGAGAUGUUCCAUAAAUGACUUUUGGAUUUGGAUAGUCACAGCAAUUGUCACUCUGUGUACUGAUAUAGCCCCAGGAGUUUUUGUUGGAAUGGCGUUCGCGUUGCUCACACUUGCUAUUCCAUUUCUACAGCCAACUACCAAACGCCUCGGACAGAUUGGUGAACACGAUUUCAAAGCAAAAACUCAUUACCAAUCAGCAAAGGAAACCCCGUUCCCGAUCAUUCGUUUUGAUGCGCCAUUGAUUUUUUGCAAUGCGGAAAAGUUUACCGACAUGAUCAACGAUGAAAUUUCUGAAAAACGAGAAAAUGCAGCGAAUGGUUCCCUAGAGGGAUGGACAGCAAUCAUUCUGGACUGCCACACUUGGACUUAUACUGACUCGAUGGGAAUGGAUGCCGUGAAAGAGGCUAACGAUUGUCUUCACAGAUUUAACGCUAUACUGCUGUUUGCCAAUUUGAAAUCAUCCGUCCGUCGUCAGUACAGAGCUGCUGGUCUAAUUGAAGAACGUCCAAUUGACGAAGAAGACCUUGAAAAAGAGGAAAAAAGAAUUGAACAAGAAGAAUCGAGAAUUCAGGAAGAAAAGAAAACACUUUCUUCUGUCAGUAUGAAAAUGAAUAGGAACAAGAACAAAUGUGCUGAAGCAAACGUGGAGUCCGGAGGGCACGAUGAUGAGGAUAUUUCUCAUAUUGAAAUCAAAAUCUCUCAAGAUCAAAAACAAUUGGCUGAAGAUGAAAAGAAAUUGGUUCAAGACAAGAAAACCCUGGUUCAAGUCAGAAAUGAGCUGAAAAUGAAGCAGAAAAAACUUAAGGAAUUCAACAAGUUGUCUCCUGAAGAUCAAGAGAAGAAGAGAAACGAGGAGGUGAAGAAAAUUUCAUACAAUCAGAUAUAUCCCUCAAUACAAGACGCUUUGCACGCCGCCCCCGAGUUAAUCACCAAACAACAAGAGUUGUUCGAUAUCAAAAAAAGCAAGUGA